CAAAAAACCCGGUGCCGAUUUGCCAGUAUCCUACGAACAAAAUGAGAUGGCUUACUUGGCACCAACCUCACUGACUUAUAAACAUGAAAUAUGUACAACGUCUUCCACUAUCAUCUGUAACUAAAUCACACUUCGCGACUUUUUGUCGGCUUCUUAGAGGUAUCAUACCACAAGAACUACAUGAUAUGAAAACACACCAAUAUGUCAACCACACCUAGCGAACACAUUCCGCUGUCUAGAAACCAUCUCUGGGGCCCGGAACGAAGACGUCUUUCUGCUCAUCUCAUUCAAAAGGCUCUCGAUGCACUACCAGGCUCUCGUUCUUCGGAACAUUUACCAAGUAAACCAUACAAGACGGUCAAGAGACCGUAUGAACAACAUAGGUAUACGGGAAAGGCGAGUAAAUCUUACGUGCCUCCAGCGCCUGUUAGUGAGAGAACGAAGAGAAAGGAGAGACCACUGACGCCGAGUGAGGGUUAUGGAUUGGGCGUUUUUGGGAUGGUGUUUGAGGUUGAUAAGGAUGAAGUGGAGCAUGUGGAGAGGAAAUUUUUUGGUCAAGGGGGAAGUAUAUUUUUUGGAAUGUUGCCGUUGGAGGUGAGGAUGGAGAUUUAUAAGUGGGUGCUUGGAGGGAAGGUGCUACAUAUCAUAAGAAGGAAGGAUAAGUUGAGUCAUGUUGUUUGUAAAUGUGAUAGAAAAGACUCGGAUGUAGGGACGAGAGAGGAGGAUGCGUGUAUCGUUGCGGGAUGUAGGGGCGUGAAGAUACUUGGCGGGAGUGGGGUGCAUGAGAGAAUUGGGGAGAGGAGUGGUAGUUUGAUUCAGCUGCUACAGGUUUGUAGACGGAUUUACUCUGAGGCAAUCUCUCUUCUCUACUCAACCAACACCUUCAACUUCGACAGCAUGGAAUCCUUCAUCUCUUUCAGUAACGAGAUCCUUCCCCAUCGCUUUGAUUCCAUAACCUCCGUAACCCUCGAUUUCUCCUUUGAUACAUCAUCUCUAUAUAACGAAUCCUCCUCUAACGACGUGCCCCGUUGGGAACGUACAUGGAUGAUAAUCGGAUCCAUGAAGUCGCUUAAAAGUCUCAAAGCAACAAUCAUCUGGCCUAGGAUAAUACCAGCUUGGAGUCACGAACUGAGAUUGUUGGAACCUUUGAAUAUGGUAGGGAUACUAGGUAAGGAUGCCAAGGAUGGUAAGGGUAAGAGUAAAGAUGAUAAGCGUAGGCCCGAAAAUAAAGAUGGGUUUGAGGUGAGACUGAGGGAGUUGACGAAGGAGGCAAAGGGGAGAGGGAAGGCGAGGGCUUAUGAGGUGGGAAAGGGAUUUGUGGUUGGAAAUGCAAAGAUUGUACCGGCAGCUGGAUUUGAUGAGAUCACAGAAGAGGACUUGCCGUUCAAGGUUGUUAGGAUGAAGCUGUAAGAGACGAGAAUCCAAUGUGGAAAGUAUAUUCUUGAAACGUCUACUAUGGGGUGAAGGUGGCACAGGAACAAAAGGCACGGAGUUGUGGAUCAAAGUGAAUGAACUUCUUGCAGCUAUGGUUCUAGUUUGUGUAUUCUAAGAGAGCUUGACGAUGAACAUAAUGGUUGAAACCAUGGCCAACUCGGAGACUUGAGGUCGAGUCAAAAGCCAUUGCAUGUUCAACUUCCUAAAUCUACCUAGGUAUCUCCUCGAAUAGCCGGGAUGAUAUGAAGUUCGGGAUAUCAAGAAGACUAUGAUGGGCAGAGCAGUGGAGUU